UGCAAACGAAGGAAGAAGCAUUGAGAGUCAAAGCUAAAACCGCAUUAAAGACAAGAUGGCAGGACUGCCCCGCAGGAUCAUCAAGGAAACACAGCGUUUGUUGGCGGAACCCGUGCCCGGGAUAAAAGCUGAACCAGAUGAAGGGAACGCUCGCUACUUCCACGUGGUCAUCGCCGGACCUCAGGACUCCCCGUUCGAGGGAGGAACUUUUAAACUUGAACUCUUUCUUCCCGAAGAAUACCCCAUGGCAGCUCCUAAAGUUCGCUUCAUGACCAAAAUAUAUCACCCCAAUGUGGACAAGCUGGGAAGAAUAUGUCUAGAUAUUUUGAAAGAUAAGUGGUCCCCAGCCUUGCAGAUCCGCACAGUCCUGCUUUCAAUCCAGGCAUUACUAAGCGCUCCCAACCCAGAUGAUCCUCUAGCCAAUGAUGUCGCAGAGCAGUGGAAGACCAACGAAGCUCAAGCCAUAGAAACAGCUCGGACAUGGACCAGGCUUUAUGCUGGGAACAACAUUGAGGUUUAGACAGGAGGAAAACACAGGAAAGAGAGAGAGAGAGAGAAAGAAGUGGAAGUCAAGUGUGAACACAACUCCUCAUGUUCUGCCAAGAUCUAUUCAUUUGCAUUUAAAGGACACAGUCUUAGGGGAAAAAAAAAAACAACAACAAACAAUUCUGUAAUCAUAGUGCAAAACGGUAAAGAAUAUAUUAAAGUCGAGAAAAAAAAGAGAACUGCAGAUGAUUGGUGAUUUAAAAAAAAAAAAAAAAGGAAAAGAUAAAAAAAAAAACAGAAAAGGAAAAAAAAAAUGUCUUUGUCCUAAUUCACUACUGUUCAGAUGCAUGGGCAGAGGAUGUAGAUCCACUCACGAGACGUUUUGUUUUCCAUUGAUCAGCAAGGCUGCGACACGGCUCCGCUGUGAAGAUGAGCGCAUUUAAACAAACUGGUCGUCCUGCGUUUGUCCCAUAGUUUUGGGGAGGGAAGGCGAGGGGGUUUGGGGGGGGGGAGGGGGUAACGUUUUAUGUUUUCUUUUAAUCUCUGUUCUUCUUCUUCUUCUUUUUUUUUUUUCUCCCUUUCCCAAUGCUGUUUGUUUAUGAAAAGCAGCUCGUUAUCCCUUGCUUAGAAACAACCUCUCAUCUGACCACACAUACUCAGCCCUGUUAGAAAGUCAUAGCUGAAAACAAAGAAUCCUGUAGCUUUGCUUUUAUAUGUUUUAAAAAGGAAAAAAAAAAAAACCUCCAUCUGACUUGAACACACACACACACACA